AUGGCCAAGAGAACACGCGAGGCUGGUAAUGCAAAGGGCAAAGGGGAGCAGAGAACUACCCCGGCAAGUAUUCCCCAAAUUCAUCGCCCAGAAGUGGGUGAGAGCUCAAGAUCCGCUGCUGAUAGAGUCAAUGGUCCGUCAAAACGGGCCAGACGCAGUGCAAUCGUCCCGAACUCGGAGGGGGACGAUGACGAGAACCUUUACUCCGACGAGCAUCAGACCAAUGAUGGUGAUGCUGCUGCUGCUGUCAUCCCUGAUACAGGGGGCAAGUAUGUUGACCCGGACAAUGCUGACGUCGAAUAUCAAGAAGAACCCAUCGAGGAUGACUUGGACGAGGAAUUUGACCCAGAAGCCAUAGAAGCCAUUGAGAUGGAAGGCAUCAGACCGGAUGAAGAAAUCGAGGACCUCUCAGCGCUAUUCGACGGCGACGACGACGAGGAGGUAGAAGAGGACUCUGAUGAUGAAGAAGACGACGACACCCAGUCGGUAGCAUCAGAGCACGUGGAUGUCGAUGAUGAUACCACAAACGAGUAUAUGGAGAGGUUCCACAUCCGGGUUUCCGAGAUAAUUAAAACCUUCUUCUCCAUUGCAACAGAAGCAGGUGACAUCCCGGAGUCCGCCACCUUGUUCAGGGCUCUUCAACAACAUGAUCAGACGGAGCUAUUAGAGGAGGUGAUUUCUCUCUUCCCUAAGCGAGUUCGAGUCCUUCUUGGAGGGACAGAACGUGCGGCGUUUAUGGCCUCCUGGCUGAGAACACGCGUGCUGGUGCAGCAUAUAUUGGGUGCUCGAAUCAUAUCCGCAGGAGGCUCUUAG